AAAUUGAACGGUCACGGAAGGAGAGUCUCAUUUUCCUUUGAUUGUUGUGUUCCGGCUGUCUCAUACAGAUGACGCUGUUGGAAGAGCAAACGGGUCAAUCAACUUUGGAGAAUACGAAACUAUUGCCUCCAAAUUCGUAUGGCGCCGUCGUUCUCGGUGGCACAUUCGACCGUUUGCACGACGGUCACCGCCUCUUCCUCAAGUCAGCAGCGGAGCUUGCCAGGGAUCGAAUCGUGGUGGGUGUUUGUGAUGGCUCCAUGUUGACCAAAAAACAAUUAGCCGAAUUGAUUCAACCCAUUGACGAAAGGAUGCGCAAGGUUGAGAUUUACAUUAAGUCUAUCAAAUCAGUGCUGUUAGUGCAAGUUGAACCUAUUACAGAUCCCUAUGGACCUUCAAUCAUUGAUGAAAACUUGGAGGCCAUUGUUGUCAGCAAGGAGACAUUACCAGGUGGAGUAUCAGUUAAUAAGAAAAGAGCUGAAAGAGGUCUGUCACAGUUAAAGAUUGAAGUUGUAGAUCUAGUGUCUGAAGAAUGUAGUGGAGGCAAGUUGAGUUCAACAACAUUAAGGAAGCUUGAAGCUGAGAAGGCCCAAAAAAACCAACAGUCUGUCUCAAAUUUGAUGGUAAUAAACUGAUAUGCUAUCAAUGGCUACAACAAAGGUUGUCAUAGUUUUAUAGUUCAUUCUUCUCUCUUUUGUGAAACUCCAACAGCAAAAAUGUACAAGGGAACCUGAAUUUAAUACAAUAAAGCUUGCAAGUUUCUCCUUCUCUAAAGUAU